CCACUUUAACACUGGUUGGCAGCGGCAGAGUCGCCCCCACCCGCCGCGUAGCAUCGAGGGCUAAACCUGCUGUGGCCACACGGAGCCCUGCUCUGAGUGGCUAGCUGGCGUGGCGAGCUGCGACCUCCAAAGGUUAUGUUUCAUUGCCACUCCGAAAGCGUGGGGACUCCGCAGUCCUGGGCCUCCAUGUGACUCAGUUUGGGCGCGUAGACCGCAGGCAGCAGUGGCUUUUGGGACCAGAUUUGCAGCCCUCGUGACCUGGACAAGCCCUCCCUCAGGACUAAGUAGCACACCUACUGUGCUAACAGAUGAGAGAAGAUGACAAAGGAGCCCAGGGCUGACAGCACAACUCCGUCUUGCCAGAUUGAAAAGAAAUGCUGAGAAAUAAAUAAAACUUUCCUCUUCUACCUUGGAUAUUUAUCAUGGGUAUCGGGAAGUCUAAAGUAGAUAUCUGUCCUCUUUCUCUCUCUUGCCACAAUGUGGAUACAAGCCACAGUGUGGAUACAAGUCAAGGCCAUCAUGAGUCAGACCCCAUGAAAUUGAAAGAUGUCUCCUUGGGUGAUAUUGUGGAGCAUAACAAUACCACAGAGGAUCUUACAGGAGGUCAGGAAGGAGCUCAGGCAGGUGAAGAGAUUCCUGAAGAGGAAGCAGAAGAAGAGGUAUUCCUCAAAUUUGUGAUACUGCAUGCAGAAGAUGACACAGAUGAAGCCCUCAGAGUCCAGAAUCUGCUACAAAAUGACUUUGGUAUCAAGCCUGGAAUCAUCUUUGCUGAGAUGCCGUGUGGCAGACAACAUUUACAGAAUUUAGAUGAUGCUGUCAAUGGUUCUGCAUGGACAAUCUUAUUAUUGACUGAAAACUUUUUAAGAGAUACUUGGUGUAAUUUCCAGUUCUACACAUCCUUAAUGAAUUCAGUGAACAGGCAGCACAAAUACAACUCUGUCAUACCCAUGCGGCCCCUGAACAGUCCCCUUCCCCGGGAAAGGACACCCUUCGCUCUGCAAACCAUCAAUGCCUUAGAGGAAGAAAGCCGUGGCUUUUCUACACAAGUAGAAAGAAUUUUUCAGGAAUCCGUGUAUAAGACACAACAAACUAUAUGGAGAGAGACAAGGAAUUUGGCACAAAGACAAUUUAUUGCAUGAGAUGAAACAGAACACAUGGUUGGCUCCUAUUUUGUUGUAAGCCAAAUGAUUAAUCUUCACUUGAGAAAGCAAUUUCUGAGAAAUGUUUUAAUAAAAGAGCGCCUGCUCUUACAGAAGCCUAUGGAGUAUAAGAAAGAUACAUUUCUGCAGGAUAAUCUGUAGAAUUGUGGUACUCUUUUAUUUUCAUUGAACCCAAGAACCUUCCUCUCAUGGUUUUCCUUGUUUGUGGAUAUGACAAAAGAUAUUCUCAGUUCUUAGUCCUUGAACUGAGCCUUGAACAAAAGCAUAUGUGGCAUAUAUUUUCAAAAUGUGACAACACUUCAGUCUCUGAAUUUUGUUCUCAAAAAACACAUAGAAGAAAAUGACCCCAAGAUGUCUGACCACCCUCCUUUUGAGGCACUUGUGAACGUUGCAACAAAGCAUUCCAGGAACUGAGACCCAGAAAUAUGGAUUGCCAGAAUAGAACAUUUAGAAUGUUGAGUGCUGAUGAAUAUAAAAUCAGAAAUAGAUGUGAGAAUGGGAAGUUUUUAAAAAGAACACAGUCAAAUGUAUUUUCCCUUCUGCUGGAAUUUGCAUACUUGGAGGCAAUUCCCACCACUGAUUAGCAACCCUUUUGAUAGGGUAGUCAUCGGAGACUCCAUUGAGUGGUGGUAGGACUCCAUAGUGUGGCAGUUAGGGACUCGGUGGAGAUGUGCCUAGCCCGAGACUGUCCAUGUGAGUCAUCAUCUGUAAUCAGGGUUUUAUUUGCAAAGCUUCUGAAAAGCAUAUGAUUGUGUGUGAUUAGCUAUAUGUUCUCCUUUAAGAUCAAUAGCCACUCUUAUAAUGGCCUUUUAGAAGUUUCCUUCACCAAUAGUGUUCUUCUCAGGAAAUAUUUCUUAUCUCGUGACCCAACUGUGUGUGUGUUGCUGAUCAUUUUUAAAGGCUAGGAGAUGUGUUUUAUUACCUCUGCUUAUAGUGCCUCAUGCUCAGACAAGACAAAGAGACCUCAAACAGACCUAUUCCUUUCCCUCACAGCCCUUCUGCCCAUCUGAGAUUGCAGGAGUGCCAUCAAGUACAGAUGGGGAAUGAAAUGAGAAAAGCACUCAUGGCAGGCAGGAGACCUGAUUUGGGCCCAAUCUCUGCCACUAAGGAUGGUUGUUAACAGGGGACAAGCUACUUACUCCCCUUUAUCUAUGAAAUCAGAGUCAGACUGAUGACCUUUAAAGGCUUUUGUCCUCUCCCUGGAUGUGAAAAACUAGGAAGCAAUAAAGAGAACAAGUAAAGAUAAUUUUGCAAAAUGUUAUAGCAUAGUUGCAGAAGGCUUUGUAUAUGCCUACAAUAAAGGAUAUUUUUAAUAUUUUCAGCAUUUUAAUUCUGUCCAUUAUGCUUUCAUAGUCAUAUUUCUCAGAUUUUUUAAAAUACAUUUUUAUAGGGCCCUUUGAGCAAACACAUUCUUUAUAAUUUUUCUUUCGCCUUAUCCCCAAUUUUCUGCGUACCCUGUUGGUACUGGACUUGCUCACAGCUUACUGCAGUUCACCUCUUUACAGCCACAAUCCAAAUGUGAGUAAAUCAGACCUCCUGCUCUAUUAGUGCAUAUUAGAGAAUGAGAUUAUUUUCAUUGCAUGGUGACAUGUUCUUAACCUUAAUGUCUCUUUUUGUCACCAUAGCUUACUAUUCACUUUUCUUUUUCAGUUUUUAAAUAAGUAUUAACCUUUUUUUUGCAAUAAUGCUUCCUGUAUCUCAAAUUUCACAUAAUAAACCAUUAACCACCCACCCUUUAUGCCUGCCAAGCUAGAAUAGAUUCUGGAUGGUAUUUUUUAAAUAAAUGUUUUUAAUUCUUUA